UGGUGUUCGUUGAAGACCUACCUGUGACGUUAAAAUAGCUAUUUUUUAAAUUUAUUUUUCUUUUUCCGUUUCCCGGAAGUUAUGGCUAUUUGUGGGAGAAAGGAUCAGGUUCGGGAGGGGUGAAAUAAUACCGGGGAAGUUCUCUUGCGCGAAAAUUUCCAGGAUUUGGUCUGAAGAAGAAAACUUUGCCGUUUCAACCUUGAAAAUUGAUCGAUAGGAAAUUUAGAUUCACUGAUUAAUCCAUCGAUCAUUGAUUUGCUCCUCUGACUUGCUCGUUUCAGCGGCACUGAGCAUUGUUCGUUGCUUUGUGUGUUGUGAUUGCGACGUGAUUUAUAUGUAGAGCUUUGGUUGGAUUGGCGUGGGUAGUUCUGGUUAUUUUUCGGCCCACAAACGUUUUCGGGGAAUCGUGGAAUUGGAGUGAAUUCAAUUUCAUUCGAACAUGACACAGGCUCUAAACACUGCUUUGCUGCUGAAAGAAAAGGAAGAGGAGCCGGUUACCGCAAGCCGGUUAGAGGCUGCCGAUUCAGUUGUGGACGUUAGGGGCUCAGACUGUUUGGUCGGUCUAGAAUGCUUUCUUAACAUUGUCAGGGCACUGGGAAUGGGAUCAUGCCUCUCUGCGCCCCAUCCCCUCCCUUAUUCGCCGGAAUCCACUUCAGACAGUGCGAAGCGAAGGAGGAGAUUAAGGAGAAGCUCUUCGCUUGAUUCUAGAACGGAAUUGGGCCUACAUAAAAUCCCUGGGAGAAUGUUCGUAAAUGGAUCCAGCGAGGUUGCGUCCCUGUUUUGUAAGCAAGGCAAAAAAGGGAUUAACCAGGAUGCCAUGCUUGUUUGGGAGAACUUCUGUUUAAAGGACACCAUUUUUUGUGGAGUUUUCGAUGGUCAUGGUCCUAGUGGUCAUAGGGUAGCAAAGAGAGUCAGGGAUUCUUUCCCUUUAAAGCUUAUUGCCCAAUGGGAAUUGCAUCAUAACAAUAAUGAUGGACUAAGUGAUGUCGGAAAUGCUAUGGAAAACCAUAAGUCAGAGGAGAUUGGAUUUAGGAUGGUUGAUGGGAAACCUAGUCUUACUGAUCAUGAGCACAGCUGUACUAAUACUUUGAAGGCGCUGAAGGAAUCUUUUCUGAAGGCUUGCAAGGUUAUGGACAAGGAACUGAAACUGCAUCCUGGUAUUGAUUGCUUUUGCAGUGGGACAACAGCAGUCACCUUGGUCAAACAGGGGCAAGAUCUUGUCAUUGGAAAUGUCGGGGACUCGAGAGCUAUAUUGGGUACUAGGGAUCAUGAUAAUUCUCUAAUUGCUGUUCAGUUGACCAUUGACCUGAAGCCAAAUCUUCCAAGGGAAGCAGAGAGAAUCAAGCGUUGCAGAGGAAGGGUAUUUGCUCUUCGUAAUGAACCUGAGGUUGCUCGAGUUUGGUUGCCCAAUGCUGACUCUCCUGGCCUUGCGAUGGCACGGGCUUUUGGAGAUUUUAUUCUGAAAGACUUUGGUCUGAUAUCUGUUCCUGAUGUCUCCCAUCACCGCCUUACUGAGAAGGAUGAAUUUGUUGUAUUAGCCACGGAUGGGAUUUGGGAUGUUUUGUCGAACCAAGAAGUUGUAGACAUUGUGGCAUCUGUGUCACGCUCUUCUGCAGCUCGAACACUUGUUGAGACAGCUGUUCGAACAUGGAGGACAAAGUACCCUACUCCCAAAGUUGAUGAUUGUGCUGUAGUGUGUCUCUUUUUUGAUUCAGAUUCAGACUCAAAGUCAGUUUACACCACAGACAAGGAGAUGCCCGAGGCGUCAGUCAACCUUCAAUCUGAGGGACCUGCUCCUGAAAAUGGAGUUUAACUGUUCUGAAUGCUCUAGUGCUUCCCCUGAGAAUUUUCCUAUGCUUGGGAAGAAAGGAUAUGGAGUAGAAGCUGUACAGCAGUAGUAGCAUUAGCUUUUACUUCUUGUCUCUGCCCAAGCCUUGCUUAUUUUGUUGAAAGGUUGGGAAUACCAGGUUUCAACACUGGAAGGGAAAGAAGAAAGUGGUCAUUCUUUUGGUUUAUUUUUUCGGUCCAUUUUACUGCAAAUUCUUUUCAUUAUUCAACCGUCACUUCCUUCAAUGGCAUUUGAUAGGAGGGUGAGGGCUUCUUUUUACUUCUAGUUUUUUCUUUGUCCCCUUGCAUUAUAUUUGGAGGGAAAAGGGUGCACCGGCCUUGUUUUUUUGCCGGAGAUCUUCCUUCAAAGUGUAUAUUUGGUUUAGAUUUGGAGGUUUUGUAAAUCCAAGUCUGUGUAUGGACAUAAUAUGUAGCUUGUUAGUCUUCUUGUUGAGGGUGAUCAUUGGUGCCUUGUCCUUUUUAGUCAAUUUGUCGGUCCUUUUCAACAAUAAGGUCAUGUUGCUGGGAAACUUGUGUUGUUUGGACUGUUGUUCUUCAGUUGUAGAUUUGUGUUUCCGAUUGGUCAACAAAGACAGCAGAUCGGAAAAAGAAUAAUGAAAGGAUCCUUGUUUCC